GCACAGAGGGAAAAGAGAAAAGCAAGGUAGAAAACGGAGUCUGCUUCUGCCGGCUACACUUCUCUUUCAGCACCAAGGACAGAGCUUCUGAAGGGCUGACCCAAGUGACACUCAGUUUAGGGUCCCUCCCAAAUCCUCUAGAGAAAAUGGUGCAUUCGAAAGCAGUCAGGAAACAUGCAGUAAGGUCUAAUAGGGAAGCUGGAAGAGCAGCACACAAAUGAUUUCACCUUAGAGGCAAAAAUGGGUGAUUUUAUUUCUGUUCAUUUCCACAGUUUCUGCGUCCUGAGAAAGGCAAAGUUUGCUUUGCUUGGGCAUGUCUGCUGUUCGUAAAUGGUUAUAGGAGCUGAAGUGCUAAACCCCACAGCCUCCAGAAAUCAGAAGAAAUUAUCAGGGAAACGUGUGGGGGUUACCCCGCUCCCUCCAGGCGAUGGCACCUCUCAACCAGCUGGGGAGCCACAUCAAUGCGACCUGUGCAGCAGAGAACUCCACAGGGGCCGGCCGGGCCCGCCCACACGCCUACUAUGCCCUCUCCUACUGCGCACUCAUCCUGGCCAUCGUCUUCGGCAAUGGUCUGGUGUGUGUAGCUGUGCUGAAGGAACGCGCCCUGCAGACCACCACCAACUAUCUGGUGGUGAGCCUGGCUGUAGCGGACCUGCUGGUGGCCACCCUGGUAAUGCCCUGGGUGGUGUACCUGGAGGUGACAGGUGGGGUCUGGAAUUUCAGCCGAGUUUGCUGCGAUGUUUUCGUCACUCUGGAUGUCAUGAUGUGCACAGCCAGCAUCCUGAACCUCUGUGCCAUCAGCAUCGACAGGUACACUGCUGUGGUCAUGCCAGUUCACUACCAGCAAGGCACAGGACAGAGCUCCUGUCGACGUGUGGCCCUCAUGAUCACAGCUGUCUGGCUGCUGUCCUUUGCUGUGUCUUGCCCUCUCCUCUUUGGCUUCAACACCACAGGAGACCCCAGCAUCUGCUCCAUCUCCAACCCUGACUUUGUCCUCUACUCUUCAGUGGUGUCCUUCUACCUGCCCUUCGGAGUGACUGUCCUCGUCUAUGCCAGGAUCUACGUGGUGUUGAGACAGAGGAGACGGAAGCGGAUCCUCACUCGACAGAACAGUCAGUGCCUCAGUGUCAGACCCGGCUUCCCCCAACAGUCUGCCUGUCUACAGUUACACCCCAUUCGGCAGUUUUCAAUAAGGGCCAGAUUUCCAUCAGAUGCCACGCGGAAAAUGGAACAUUCAGAAGAUAAACAAUACCCCCAGAAAUGUCAGGACCCACUCUUGUUACAUCUACAGCCCCUCCCCCCUGGCCAGACACACAUGGAGCUGAAACGCUACUACAGCAUCUGCCAAGACACUGCCUUGGGAACACCAGGAUUCCAAGAAGGGGAGGGAGACUUGAAAAGGGAAGGGAGGACUCGGAACUCUCUCAGCCCUGCCAUGGCACCUAAACUCAGCCUAGAAGUUCGAAAACUCAGCAAUGGCAGGUUAUCGACAUCCCUGAGGCUGGGGCCCCUGCAACCUCGGGCAGUGCCACUGCGGGAGAAGAAGGCAACCCAGAUGCUGGUCAUUGUGCUUGGGACCUUCAUUGUCUGCUGGCUGCCCUUCUUCUUGACCCAUGUUCUCAAUACCCACUGCAGAGCAUGCCACGUGUCUCCACAGCUCUACAGUGCCACCACGUGGCUGGGCUAUGUGAACAGUGCCCUCAACCCCGUGAUCUACACCACCUUCAAUGUCGAGUUCCGGAAAGCCUUCCUCAAGAUACUGUCCUGCUGA